AUGUACGAAGUCCGCUACAAAAUCCAGGACCUAAGCCAAUACGGCCCUGUACAGAAGCGCAAGCGGGUGCCUAUCAUGGCUGCAAGUCCCUCCGGCAAACGACACUUUACACCUCGCGAACUCUCUUUGUGGCAGAGCUUCCCAUACCUGUACCCAUCCACCGGUGCCCAGGGCGAGGCCAAGAAGCAAAUUGGGAAUGCAGUUCCGCCAUGCAAAGCACAGCCGAUGUACCAGAACAUUGCAAUGUCUCCUAAAGUAUUUGAAAGGGGCCUUGUGGAAGCUGAAGAUAUUCCCUCUAAUGUGGAUGCCAUUCUGGGACCUAGCGGUGAGAGCAUUCCUCAACAGCGACGUCUCGAUAGCAUCACCGGAAGCGCAAACCCCUUUCAGACCUUCUCGGACCCCCAGCUCUAG